GAAAAAUAGAGCAAACCCCGCCAUCCAAGCAUCCGGACCUCUAAGUGAAUUUGCACAGCUCCAAGCAAAAUAAAGAAAAAAACACCACGCCGAAUAGACUGACGAUCCUUCGAAUACACGAUCCAGGCACUGUCCUUUCUUUGCAAUCAGACCAACCUCAACAGUCCUGCUUCCAGCCUCGUUUUUACAGUUACAACCAUGCCCAAGACACAGCCCAACCUAUACGCCUUUCCAAGCGGCGAUGUCCUCGCACAAGCUCUGCGCGCAUACGUGAUCCAGAGCCAAAACGCCGGUAUUGAGCGGCACGGCGUCUUCAAGGUGGCCGUUUCUGGCGGCUCGCUGCCCAAGACGCUCGCCGCGGCCCUCCUAGCGCCCUCGUCCGGCCCCGGCGACGUCGUCGACUUUUCCAAAUGGGAAAUCUUCUUCGCCGACGAGCGUGCCGUGCCGCUGGACCACGCAGACUCCAACUACGCCCUGGUCAAGGCCGAGCUGCUCGACAAGCUGCCCGCGGACCAGCAGCCCGCCGCCGUGCACGCAAUCGACACCACGCACCUCGGCGACAUCCAGGAGCUCGCUGACCAGUACGAGAAGACGCUCGUGGCCAGCUUCGCCUCGCGAGAUUCCGUUCGCUUGCCCAUCUUUGACCUCCUGCUGCUCGGCUGCGGCCCGGACGGCCACACCUGCUCCCUCUUCCCCGGCCAUGAGCUGCUCCGCGAGGUAGACGCCUGGGUUGCCCCCAUCGAGGACUCCCCCAAGCCGCCCCCCAAGAGAAUCACCCUGACGCUCCCCGUUGUCACGCACGCCGUCCGUGUCGCUUUCGUUGCCACUGGCGGCGGCAAGAAGGAUAUCAUGAAGCAGAUCUUCGACGCCGGCGCGGGGCUGCCUUGCGCUCUUGUCAACGAGGCCGCGGGAGACCGAUGCAGCUGGUUCGUCGACGAGCCCGCCGUUGAGGGCGUCACCUUCCCCCGGAGGGCGUACCUGUAAAAGGAGAUGAGCAUGGAAAUGGCGCAUUAUGGGGGAGGCGGAAGAAGAACGGAUUCGAAUUGAUGAUGAUGCAUGACCACAGCAAAUGAUGAGAUGACGCGAAAAACCGUGAAUGGGCAGAUGGGCAAGCAGCAUCUUCAAAAAAAGAAAACCGAAAAAAAGAAAAGGAAAAAAAAAUCUUCCCAUGUGUGAAGCCAACCCGCCUCCACGAGCUUGGUUUCUUCUUUUUUUUCUUUCCUGUGUCCUUUUUAUCGCUUUCGCUGGGAGGUAUUUUUUGACUCUUUGAAAAGAAAAAAGCUUGUCUCACGGUUGUAUUUUAUCAUUGAUAUCUUAUGCCCCGGCUUCGAGGAGCACGCUGGGCCUGUCCUUUUUUUUUUGUUACUUAGAUUAUAAGAUGCUUUACUGGAAAAGAAACUUAUCCCGUU